UGAACACCUUUUUUAACAGGCUUUGAAGACUGCAGAUGAAGACACACAUUCUAAUCAUUUAAGCAUAUUAAAAAUAUUAAUACUCAUGGAAGAGGCACAAGACUUACCAGAACAACCAGUGAAAAAGGCCAAGAUGCAGGAAUCUGGAGAACAAGACUUAAGUCAAGUGAGCACCACCGAAGUCAGUGAUCCGAAACCCGAACCUUCAAGCCUUGGCUCAAAUCUUCCCAUGUCGAGUGAAAUUCUGACAUGCACUGAUUACAUCCCAAGGUCACCAAAUGAUUAUACCUCACAGCUGUAUUCUGCAAAGCCAUAUGCACAUAUCCUCUCUGUACCUGUCUCCGAAACGAUGACCUCUUACUCAGGUCAGACUCAGUAUCCAGCGCUACAGCAGACUCAGCCCUAUGCCAUCUACCCUCAGACAACCCAGACCUAUGGACUACCUCCUUUCGGUGCACUGUGGCCAGGUAUGAAACCUGAAAGUGGUUUAAUUCAGACUCCAUCUCCAAGUCAGCACAAUGUUCUUACCUGCACUACAGGGUUAACCACAAGCCAGCCCUGCCCAGCACAUUAUUCUUACCCUAUUCAAGCAUCAACUACCAAUGCGAGUCCAGUCUCCACGUCCUCGCCUGUUGUCAACAUUUCAACACCAGCAGUAGCCAGCAUCUCUCACCAGGAAUAUCCUACCUACACAAUUCUCGGCCAAAGCCAGUACCAGCCAUGCUACCCGAGUUCUGGCUUUGGGGUUGUAGCGCCAGCAGACAGCAGCCUGGAGAGUACCACAUUAGCAACCACCACGUAUCCAAUUGAAAAAGCAAAUGCCAUGGUGCCUACGCGGACAGCCCAGAGACAUUUCUCUGGAGAUCCAUCCACAAGUCCGUCUUUGCCAAGAGCAACAGCAAGUAAAGAGCUAGAUGAGCACACUAGGAAAAACAUGGCUGGGAAAAACAGGGGCAAGAGGAAAGCAGAUGCCUCCUCCCCCCAGGACAGUGAACUGGAACGAGUGUUUCUCUGGGACUUGGAUGAGACUAUCAUCAUCUUCCAUUCUCUUCUCACAGGGUCCUAUGCCCAGAAAUACGGAAAGGACCCGACUCUAGUGAUUGGCUCAGGUCUGACGAUGGAGGAGAUGAUUUUCGAAGUGGCUGACACGCACUUAUUUUUCAAUGACUUAGAGGAGUGUGACCAAGUGCAUGUAGAAGAUGUUGCCUCAGAUGACAAUGGACAAGACUUAAGUAACUACAAUUUCUCCACGGAUGGCUUCAGCGGCUCAGGAAGCAGUGCAAAUCACAGCUCCGCCGGGGGGGUGCAGGGCGGAGUUGACUGGAUGAGAAAACUGGCUUUUCGCUACCGCAGAGUGCGCGAGAUCUAUGACAAGCACAAAAGCAACGUGGGAGGCCUCCUCAGCCCACAGAAGAGGGAAGCUUUGCAGAGGCUACGGACUGAUAUAGAAGUGCUAACAGAUUCCUGGCUGGGAACUGCAUUAAAAUCCCUGCUUCUCAUACAGUCCAGAAAAAAUUGUGUGAAUGUCCUGAUCACGACGACACAGCUCGUGCCAGCGCUCGCCAAAGUUCUCUUGUACGGCUUGGGAGACGUGUUCCCCAUUGAAAAUAUUUAUAGUGCUACAAAAAUCGGCAAAGAGAGCUGCUUUGAGAGGAUCGUGUCGCGGUUUGGGAAGAAAGUGACCUACGUGGUGGUUGGCGAUGGGCGCGAUGAAGAGAUUGCAGCGAAGCAGCACAACAUGCCCUUCUGGAGGAUCGCGAGCCACGCAGACCUUGUGUCCCUUCACCAGGCCCUCGAGCUGGACUUCCUGUAAGGAGCCGAGCCCACGUGGCCCCUCUCCACGUCACGGGGCAGGAACCGUCUUUCCCCUGGAGGAAGCAGGCAGCUAAUGCAGACUCUACCAUGCAGGUGGCGCCCAGUCCCUGCCUCGAGCCCGGGUACCACCAGGCCAGGGCACCAGUGCAGUUCUGUUGUUUCGAAAGGGAGUGGCUGGAGCGAAGGGGCACUAGCUGGAAACCCUCAGCGACUCCCUGUGCGUCUGCUCGUGCCGAUAGAAUAGCAGCCGCCCUUGUAAGCUCCUCUCUCUUCCUGCCCCGUAGCUAGAGACACUAUUUUGAUAGAAGAGUCCAGUCUCUGGGGGAGGGUUGAACUUCCCCAUCUUAAAAGGCCAGAAAGGCUGCUGAUUUUCAUGGGAAAUAGGAAUGAAACUGUUGGCCCUGCCCCGUCUGCAGAGCGGGUCAUUUAGU